UGCUAGUGAAUAAAAUAAUCACAAAAUUUAAUAGCGUUCUAGUACAUUGAACUCACGUUCAGAGCUCAUACGAAAGACUUAUAUAACGCUAAACGUUAAACGUUGCGAAGCAGGAAAUUGGGUCUUUCUGAAAUUCUCACAGAAGAAAACCAAAUUACAUGGUGAAAAUGGUAAAGACAAAUUUAGUAUUUUCGACUGUUACAUUGAUCACAUUUCUUGGUCUUGCCAAAGGACCAAUAACAUCUCCACCUGAUGGUCAAAGAUUUGUAUUUUUACCUGGAUCUUCUCACAAUAUAACUUGGACAUUAAAUGUUACUGGAAACAUUAAUGCGUGGCUUUGGAGUUUUACACCUCGUGGUUCAUCUUCCCCUCAACAAAUUGCAUAUAUAUUUUCUAAUAGUGACCUACCCCAAUAUUAUACAUCACCUUCAACAUUUGAAGUUUUUAAACCUGGAACUUUGUGGCUGAAGAAUAUUAAUGAAAGUUACAAUGGUGAAUUUACAUUUAGAAUUAUAACUACUCCUUGUACUUCAUCAAAAGUAAAUGUUUAUAUUGCUGCUAAACCAAACGUGAUAAUUAAUUGUUCAACUCCUCUGGUUGUGAAUGAAGGUGAUAAUGUAUCAUGUGUAUGUAUAGGUGAAGGAGGUAACCCUCCUGCUAAUGUCACAUGGUUUGAUAAAGAUAACAACAUAAUUGGUGAUGUUGGAGUUGUAAGUAAGACAUUAGUAAUCACUAAUGUUACAUUGAAUGAUGGCGGAAAUUACAGAUGUAAAGCACAAAGUUAUAAUGAUCCACGUUUUAGAGAUGAAAAAUCUCUUGAAGUAACAGUGAAAGCUACUUAUCCACCACAACAAACCAAUAUCACCAUCAGUCCAAUGUCAGUAAAAAAAGGUCAAAAUGUGACAAUAACCUGUGAAUCAGAUGGUUAUCCUGAACCAACCUACACUAUUUAUCAUAAUGGUGCAGUUAUCAGUAAUAAAAAGACAUACAUCAUUAAUUCUCUCAACUUCAGUAAUGCUGGUUCAUAUCGUUGUGAAGCAACAAAUAAGCUGGGAAAUGAUUUUUCUGAUGUUAACAAUCUUAUUAUCAUCAAAGACAACGUUCUUUGUGAUGACCAAAAAGAGAGAAUAAAACAGUACAAAACAGAAUGGUACAUUAUUUUAAUAACUUUAACAUCUGGAAUUAUCGUUGGAAUUUUGGUUUCUAUUGUUUUUCAAUAUCGCCGACAUUUGUUUUGUAAAAAACGUGAGCAAUUUCAAUCUCCAUCUGAAGUUAGGAUAAAUUCUGUUGAUACAACUUAUCAAGGAUUGGAUUUAUCAAAAAUGAAUAAAGAAGAUAAUUAUCAAUCAUUGAGACCAAAGGACGACACAAUUGAUAAAACUUAUCAAGAACUGGACAUAUCGAAAAUGAAUAUAGAAGAUAAUAACUAUGAAUCUUUGCAAAAAAAUGAUGAAUCGGAGUACGUGAUAGCCGACGAAAGAACAAAUUAUGAGAACAGUAAUUUUUUAUUCUAAACAUGUGUUUAUAAACAUUUUCCAUGUUGUAAAGUCGCAACAGUGCUUUUACGAACAUUUACAUUUUCUAAUAAGAUUUGAAUUUUGCAUCUUUUCCUCCCUUUGGAGCUGCCAAUACUUUAUGACUUCCAGAAGGAAGCCAUUUUUGGAUGAGAAAAUACACUGGUCAUUCUGACUCAUUUUUUUGA